UUGACAUAGUCUUGUUAUUUAGUUAUUUACAUACAUACUAUUAUGAAUCUUGUUAUAAACAAGUAAAGAGCCUUAUAGUAAUAGGUGUCAAAGUGGCACUGUUUCAAAAUUAAUUAUUAUGCCUACAGGCCGUGCUGUAUUUUUAUUGCGACGUUUGUCGACAGGUGAUAAUCGAUUAAAAAAUAUAAACUUCAAUCAAAAUACGUCAAAGGAUACAUUACUGUCUCACCCGGUUUGUAUACAUCGUGAUUUGGCUUACAAUAAAAGAAUCUCUGGAUUUGGUCACUAUAAUAUUAACCCAAAGCUCACAAGAAGUUACAGUGAUAACAUAAUAAAAAUGGCUUCUUCAGAAUCAAGUGCAACUCCUAAGAAACACACAAAUAAAUUAGUGAAUGAGAAGUCUCCAUAUUUGCUGCAACAUGCUCAUAACCCUGUAGAUUGGUAUCCAUGGUGCCAAGAAGCGAUUGAUAGAGCAAAACAAGAAAAUAAACUCAUAUUUCUGUCUGUGGGUUAUUCGACAUGCCAUUGGUGCCAUGUUAUGGAAAGGGAGUCAUUUGAAAGUGAAGAUGUUGCAAAGAUAAUGAACGAACAUUUUAUCAACAUCAAAGUGGACCGCGAGGAACGUCCUGAUUUAGAUCGUGUGUACAUGCUCUUCGUUAUGGCGACCACUGGCGGUGGAGGUUGGCCUAUGUCCGUUUUUCUAACACCAGAUCUACGUCCGGUGACUGGCGGCACAUACUUCCCUCCUGAAGAUAGGUGGGGACGGCCAGGAUUCAAAACAAUCUUGCUCUCCUUGGCUAAGAAGUGGAAAGAAAAUCAAACCCAAUUCUUGGAGGCCAGCAUCAACAUAAUGGAUGCCUUACAGAACAUUUCAAAUGUUAAAGUCGAAACGAAUUCGGUGCCUGGUGAGGCCACUUGGAACAAAUGCGUUAGACGAUACAUCACCAACUUUGAACCUCAUUUCGGUGGCUUUGGAACAGCCCCAAAAUUUCCUCAAGCCUCAAUAUUUAACUUUUUGUUCCAUUUCUAUGCACGCGAUAAACAAAAUCCGGAAGGCAAGCAAUGUCUAGAAAUGUGCUUGCAUACUUUGACUAAGAUAUCAAAGGGCGGUAUCCACGACCACGUGGCGAGUGGUUUCGCUCGAUAUUCUGUUGACAAUGAUUGGCACGUGCCGCACUUUGAGAAGAUGUUGUACGAUCAAGCCCAGCUGAUGGUCGCCUAUACUGAUGCAUAUCUCGCAACAAAAGAGGAAUACUAUGCUGACGUAGUACGGGACAUUGUUAAGUAUGUAAAUAGAGAUUUAAGACAUGAUUUAGGUGGUUAUUAUAGUGCGGAGGAUGCAGAUUCAUAUCCAGUUUUUGGGGCCGAUAAAAAAAAAGAAGGCGCUUUCUGUGUUUGGGAGUAUGAUGAAAUCAAUUCGCUGAUUGGAGAUAAAAAAGUUGGUAACGUCUCGUAUUUGGAAAUUUUCUGUGAUUAUUUCAAUGUAGAGGAAUCAGGUAAUGUGUCCCCCGAGAGCGAUCCGCACGGAGAACUGACGAAUAAAAAUGUUUUAAUCAUUUAUGGAUCGGAGGAGGAGACCGCUAGUAAAUUUGAGAUCACGAAAGAUCAGUUGAAACAAGUCCUGAAGGAAUGUAUUGAUAUCUUGUAUGAAGCUCGUUCAAAAAGACCGAGACCACAUCUCGAUACUAAAAUGUUGUGUUCUUGGAAUGGUCUUGCAAUAUCUGGCCUAGCACACGCAGGGCAAGGCUUGGGAGAGAAAAGUUUCGUAGAGGACGCCAUAAAAACUGCAAACUUUAUCAAAGAACAUUUGUAUGAUCAAGAAAAUAAAACGCUCCUCCAUUCAUGUUACAAAGCAGAAGACGGCAAUAUUACUCAAACGAACCCACCAAUAAAAGGAUUUUUGGACGAUUAUGCGUUUUUAAUAAGGGGUCUGCUCGAUUUGUACGAAGCGUCUCUAGACUUGCACUGGUUGAACUGGGCGCGUGAAUUACAAGAGAAACAGAACGAAUUGUUUUGGGAUUCAGAUAACGGUGGUUAUUUCACUUGCUCCGCCGAGGACACUUCCGUUGUUUUGAGAUUAAAAGAAGACCAAGAUGGCGCAGAGCCUUCAGGCAACAGUGUGUCCUGUCAUAAUCUUCAGCGCUUGGCAGCUUACGCUGAUAAGAGUUCGGCGGAAGAGGGGGGAGAUAGAGAGAGGGAUAUGGCCAAAAAAGUGUUGAUGGCAUUUGCGAAACGGCUGAUUGACUCUCCUACUGCGUUACCGGAGAUGAUGUCGGCUCUUAUGUUCUUUACUGACUCACCGACUCAGGUGUUAAUAUCUGGUGGUUGUUCUGAUCCCCGCACCCUUGCGCUGGUCCGCGCCGUUCGCUCCCGUUUACUUCCAGGUCGAGUGCUGGCCGUCGCAGAUCCCAAGGAUUCGCCAGCUGGUAUGUCGGACAUACUAUUGAGUCGUAUCCGUAGUACUGGGGAAGCUCCCACGGCGUACGUGUGUCGUCGCUACGCGUGUUCGCUGCCCGUCACGAGCGUUCAACAGCUGGAAACGCUGCUCGAUGAACCUUAGACAUGCAAACGUACAUUUGGAUCUUUAUCAAAUCUUUUUCAUUCUUCUCCACCUGACUCGAUUGAGAUUUUUUUAUCACGCAAACAAAAUAACUAAUGUUUGAAAAAGUCAGAAUAGUGUAUGUAAACCUUUCAGGUCAUUUCAGUAGCAGUAACUUAACGUGUCAAUUCAUAUCCAUGGUCCCAAAUGAUUUUCGGAGUGCGACCUUUUUUGUCGUUUAAAAUUUUCUAGUCAUAAGUAAUGAAACGUUCGAAAUUUAAAAAUUAAAUAAUGAUACAAUUGAGAAAAAUUAUGAUCAUUAUUUGAGUUAAAAAAAUAUUGGUUCUAAAUCAAUAUUACUUCUUCGUAAAUCUUCAGCAAUAACAAUAUAUAGAGUAUAUAAAGUCACCAUUUUUAUAUUUAAAAACAUUAUUUCAUUCAUAAUUAUUAUGACAUAAAUAUAAAUCAAAACAUUUUUCCUCAUCUGUGACUCUAAUAAAGCUCAAAUUGAUUUUCUUCUUAGUUCUUAGACUUGUACUCCAUAAGAGAAAUGUAGUAGGUACAUUCAGCCUUUAGAAUGUUUUAGUGUUUAAUGAAUCUCAUUUUAAUCAAAUCUGAAAGAGAAUAGUCGAAUAUUAUUGUAAGAAAUUAAUUGUAUUACCACUUAAAGUGGAUCAUAUUUGAUGUGAUAGUUUAUAUAUUUAUAAUGUUGUUAACACGGCCGAGCGCUUUGCUUCCGUAAUACUCUAAAUUAAUCUCGGCCAAAAAAAAUUGUGGUAGACUUAGACAAUACAUGUUAUAUAUACAUUAUGUACUAUUGUACUAAAAUAUUUAAUUCUCAGUACAUAUGUUUGAGCAUGUUUUUUGUUCUAUUUGUGAUAAUCAAUAAAAAUAAAAAAUAA